CUUAGUCGGCGCGCGGCUGCCAUGGAGCGCGUGUGGAAGCGAGUGGCGCUCGCCAGGAAGAAGGAGCAGCUGUGCUACAAACCCGCAGCCAAGCAGAAGGUGGCGCCGAGCGAGGGUUCCAAGGUGCCGAAAGACUUCAUGUGGUGCGAUUUGGUGACGGCGUCGAGCACGUCCGGCAGCAGCCCCGCGUCGCCGCCCCCGGCCGCCCCCGAGCUGCCCCCGCGGCCCAAGGGCUUCGUGCUGGAGCUGGACCUGAACGCCAGGGCGCUGACCAGGCGGCUCUUCCGCCGCGACAAACACAAGCAGGACAAUCAGCUCUACCGCAGCAACAGCUUCAGGUUCGAGAAGUACCACCGACCUGACGAGGACCUCAUCGACCCAAAGGUGUCGGUUUGUGAUGAAUACAGCCUGCCAGUAGACUUUGUCAACAGACGCACCCGCAGUUUUGCGUCCGGCUUGGCCAAUUGGACGCCCAGUCCCAGUGGAGAAAACCUUCAAGUGCUCGCGGGCUACAGCGACCCCCGCGACUGCAAAGCGUACCUGGAGCCGGGCGAGGCGGCCUGCAAUAAAGUCUACGCGAGCCCAGACGCCGACAAGUACAGCAGACCUCACCGACCGCCCAAAGAGCGCGAGGAGCAGGUGUACUGUUCUGUGCGGGAACGAGCGUCGAAGGCGUCGGCGCCAGCGUGUGCGCGAGGCUCCGCGUCGAAGCGCAACAAGGAGCGUCGAGGGGCGUUGCCGGAUGCGGCGUGGAGCUACGAUGCGGACGUCGAGUCGCCGCUGAGCGAGCCGCGCGCCGCGAAUGGGCGCCGCCAGCGGCGCCAGCCCCACAGCAUGCCGUGCGACGCGCUCGUGAGGUCGCGCAGCAGCGUCUGCGUGCCGUGCCGCGCCGCCGUCGCCGCCGACGACGACCCUGAGCCGCCCGACGCCAUGACGGGACGCGCCGCGCGCAAGCAUAUCUACGAGACGGCCUUCGACAGCCGCGUUUCCAAGUCUGAGGAUGAACUCGAUGAGGUGGACCGGGUGAGCAACCACCCGGUGCUACGGAUGUUGAGUCGCGCGGCGCGCGGCCUGACGCCGCGGGGCCACCGCAAGGAGGCCCGCGUCGAGGCGGCGGCCGAGGCGCCCGGCCGCUUGGCCGCCGAGCUGGCCGCCCUGCGCGUGUCCGCGACACCCACGGCGCCGGCCGCAACGCACACGCCUCCGUCGACGGCUCCGCUGCCCGCCAAGUUCCACGCCGUGGCGGCGACAGGGGCGGCGCCGGCCGGCGCCGCGCCCACGAGCAGCAUGCCCGACUUGCAGGUCCGCCGCUCCAAGCGGCCCACGUCGCUGCUGGUGGCCGCCGGCGGCCACGGCCCGGCGCAGGCGGCCACAAGGCCGAAGUACUCGAGCACCGAGUCGAUGGCCACGAGCAGCAGCAGCAUGUCCAGCCUCGACUCGCUGCGCAGCUCCACCAGUGAGGGAAACCGCUCCACCACCAGCUCCGCCAGCAGACGCAGCGACUCGCUCAGCUCGCACUCGUCCGACUCUGGCGGCGACCUCCGGAGGGCCGUGACCGGCCGGUGUCCGCCCCUCGGCCUGCUCUCCAAUAAACUGCACAUUCUGUCGCCCAUUUCGGACAAGUCGCAGGAGCCAGGCUCCGAAACCUCCGACAAUAACAGAAAAUCGCAGAGGGCGUCGCCGGAGGAGGCGGCCGCGACGCCGGUGGCGACGGACGAGCUGCCGUGGGACAUGCCGAAACUACGGCGGCGGGGGGCGGCCAACAGGGGCGUGGCCUGCGUGCAGGUGGCCGAGGCGCUGCAGGGCUCGGACAGCGGCAUCUCCAUCGAGAGCCGCCACCUCGCCGACGACCUCCCCUUCGACAUGCCCAAGCUGCGGCGCCGACUCGCCGCCCCGGUGGCGCCGCUCGGCGUCGCCGGCGGCAGCGCCACCUCAAGCAGCGCCGCCUCCGUCGCCGGCAGCUCGCACAAGCUCGACCAGCUGCCGUUCGACAUGCCCAAACUGCGCCGCCGCCAGCCCAGACCCGCGUCCGCCCUCAACCCCGCCCCCUCCCUCCCCGCCACUGACGCCACAGACUCGGCGGGUGGGAGUGGCCCCCUGCGGCCUCCGAGCCUAGACCUCGGCGGCCCGUCCGCGUUCCGGCCCGUGGCCAGGUCGGCGGGGCUCAACCUGAACCUGGGCUGCGUCGCCCUGACCGCCAGGGGCGACGACGUUGACGUCAGCAUCCCCCUCGAGCGGCAAGGGUGGUUCCACGGCGCCAUCACGCGCGUCGAGGCUGAGGCCGAACUGCGACUGCACCCUGAGGGCAGCUACCUCGUCAGGAACAGCGAAUCCUCGAGACAGGACUUUUCCCUCUCGCUCAAGAGUGCGAGGGGUUUCAUGCACAUGCGGAUCCAGCAGGAGGGCAGCGGGCACUACAUUUUGGGCCAGUUCAGCAAGCCGUUCGCCUGCAUCCCUCGGAUGGUGCAUUACUACUCGGUCAACCGGCUGCCGAUCCGCGGCGCCGAGCACAUGUGUCUGCUCCACCCCGUCAUCGAGCAGCUGCUCUAGUCACCCCCUACCCCUGUGCCCCCCGCCCCCCAUCCGAGCUGUGACUCUCCGAUAUGAUAUAUAUAUUCUUGCCAAAGCUCUUUUUCUCGUCUCGUCGCUCUCUCGUUGCUCUGUAGGAUUUCGAGCAGAAAUUCGGUACAAAUCGGAAACAAUCAGCCGAGAAUCGCGAAAUUAAUUAAUUGUUGUCCACUAUCUCUCUUGCCUAGGCUUAAGGAAAAAAGAGAAGCAAAAAAGACACCACUGGCCAAACCCUGCCCCCGCCCCCUGUUGUUAUUUUCGAUUGUUGCGGCGUCGAAUCGGAGACUGAUUCGGUUGUGAUUUGUUGAUCGUCUUCCCUCUUCAUUCCGUUGGCGGCCCUCCCCCUCCACUCCCCUCCCCUGAUUUCUCUCCCUGGUCGCGUUUUCCCCGGCAAAAGAUUGAGGCGAGUGCGCGCGCGCAGUGGUGCCAAAUAUUUUGAAUAUAUAUACAUCGCACUGUACACUGAAGACGAAGCAUUUUUAAUAUAGCAACACACACGUCAACCAGCGAGCAAAAUGUCGUUU